AUGCUACCAUUAGGGUAUCACGGCACAUUCUGCCAGCACAAAAAUCCCAUGUGCAGAUAUCAGGAGGAAUCUCUCCGGUCGAAGAAAUAUAUACCAUCAGAGCGUUUCAACAGGGACCCUACCGAUUCGCGAGCUGCGCCAACAGAACAGACAAAAGUGCGGUCGAUGAAGCCGGCACUACUGCUGACCCUAGUCCUGGCCCGGUCUUUGGAGAUUCUGUCUCUACCCUUGACCGUAGACAUACACCAGUCUAACUCAACGGCCACCCUUUCGGACCUCACCACGACACCGCCACACAACGAAGCCACCCAGAUCAUUCACCGUCGCUGGUUCAGCAUCAAGUCACUACAAGAGCUUCGGGACGAGGGAAACCAAGUUCCACAAAUGCAUCGGGUCCACGGUCUAUGGAAGACCGAACAUUUCGACGGCUCUGAAGGCAUCUACAAUGAAAGGACUAAGCGUAACUUCAUACCAUACUGCUUCUCUAAGAAAGAGGAAGUCGAAGACCUGAUGGAAAUCACCCUACAGGCUAUUGCGAGAUGGUGGCCCGCAUUCCAGCUGUCAUCCUUGAUGGUGUAUCCCGAUCCGCACUGUCACCUGGAGACUGAGAACGGUCUGACACUGAACCCCCGGUGUAUUUGCGGUUCGCAAGAGGACGGUGAGACUACGGAUCCCGAGGCCCUGGAAAUCCGUCUUUCGAAGAAGGGCACGGACACGAAUGGAGCUUCCGAGCAGAGCGAGUGCUGGAUUGGCUGCAACCUACAGGGAGAGGAGGCAGGACGUCAUCGUCUCAUUGUGAACCGGCACGAUGCGAUAGCAGAUCCUGCUGUUCGACGAACUCAACAGAUCAAUGACAUAGUACACGAGCUGGGCCACGCUAUGGGACUGUUGCACGAACACCAACGACCAGACCGGGACCACUUCCUCCGCUUCGACUGCGCAGCUGUGAAAGGUUACGAUAAAGGAGUAGCAAUGGCGGACGAUGCACGAAACGGCCAAGACUGGAAGAAUGAGCCAACUUCAAAAUCACGAAUGGCUCGGGUUUGCUCGGAGAAGGAACUAGCCAAGAAGUACUUUCCUGCGGUCGAAUCAUUGCUAGUGUAUGAGCAGUCCACCCUGGAAGAAUUCCACGGCUACAGUCUGAAUAAGAAUUUCUUCGAUUACGGCAGCAUCAUGAUAUACGACUCCCAAACCCUGCUCCUGGACCCGACACGCCCCGCUCUCACGAAAAAGCUACCCUACGGGUAUAAGCCAGUGAUCCCAGCCUAUCGCGCCGACAACACCAGAUACGCCCUCGACGCGAAAUUCUUCACCGGCGGCGCCGUGCAUAUCGAAGAUAGGCAGAUAUCGACUGUGGACGUCAAAAGGAUCGCUGCAUUAUACCCUGGUACCGAGGACCAGAAGCGGGAGGCUGAUGAGCUUAAGGUGACGGAUAUGUGGGAGCCGGUUGAGACGAGGGAUAUGGUGGAUAGUCAUAUUUGGGGCCAUCAGAUUUGGGAGGUAGUUGGGGAAUGGACACUUAGGCCGAAUUUUCCGGACGUGGUGGAUAAGGAGUUCCAAUCUGCUGUUCCGCCUAAGCAGCUGUUGGGGAGGUUGUAUGAGUUUUAUUGUGGUUCGCAGGGUUUGCAGAGGUGUUCGCCGGAGGAAUUGGAGAAGGCGAUUGCUGAUGCUUGGCGCACUGAUCGAGUACCAAUAAAGCAGCAGAAGGGGAUGGAACAAGGUCCAGGUUCGAAUCAAGAUGCAGGUCUUGGUUCUUCCAGAGGUGAUAGUCGACACAGGGAGACCAAUGUCAGGUGA